AUGCGGAUCACUAUCGACUCCGCUUCAGAUGUCUCUGCAGACGAGCAGCCGUCUCCCGUCGUCGUCGUCAGGAAGGCCCCCCCACCUCGCACGGACUUGCCCAACUUCGCCUCGACAUCGUCCACUCCGGCGCCAUCCAGGAAGGGCAUCCUUCGAAAGACAUCCUCGUACAACUCCGCUGUAACGCCUACGCCACGACGCGCUCAACGCUUCCACGAUGAGACAGACCACCAAACGGCAAGCCCGCAGCUCCAAGACCCAGAUUCCACCCCUGGCCGUCGCGGCGCCAACGGCACUACCCAGCUUCCGUUCCAGCAGCACCACCGCAGACGGAGCACCACGCCUGCAUUUGAGCUGGUAGGUGCGGCUCCUUCAUCCUCUCGCUCGCCCAUCACAUCACGCACGGACGCCUCGAGCCCGGCAACGCAUCGUGCGACGCCGCAAAGACCGUCCGGCAGCCUUCCUCCAUGGAUGCGGCCGUCGUUCAACCGCGCGCCUCGCUCCGCUGUGGACGGUUUUGACACAGACUCCUCCGACGAGAAUGAUGCGGAGCUAUCUUCUUCAGACGACCAAGAGGAGGGACGCCUCACCGAGUCGGACUCGGACGACAGCAACGACUCGGACAGUGCAGCAUCCUCGUCUCCUCACACAUCACCUUACGACGGCGACGGUUUGACAGACAGCGACGAUGAAGCUUGGUCCGGCCAUCAAGGCGCCGCAUCGAAGCCCACGCGCAGGACCAAAAGCAGGUCCAGAUCGGGCACCCACCGCGCCGACGCUUCGGCGGUCAAGCUCGCUUCGGUCGCCGGUGACGAUUGGGAGGAGUGGAACCGAGCUUCGUCCCGACUCGCGUGGCAGCGCGCACGCAGCUCGAACCGCGACGCAUCAACAUCAGCCAGCGGAGCCACUAUCGCACAACGAUCCGCAUCAGGCAAGACAGCCUCGACCGGAGCCGAUGUGGACGAGGUGCAGGCGCUCCUGUCGUCGCUCAACAUGCGGCGAGAUCAAGAAGACGCGCAGAUCAAGCAAGCGUUCGAAGCGCGCAAUGCGGAUCUGUGGUCAGGCAUCGAUGCGUGCAUCCUCGCCGCCGAGGCCGAAGCGCGCAAGCUCGCCGCUGCCGAAGCUGCACGUCUAGAGGCAGCGCGCAAGACGCAGGAGGAAGCGGAGCGCAAAGCGGCGCAGCAACGCCAGGCGGAGCUCGACCGCAUCGAGGCCGAGAAGAAGGCUGCCCACGCCGAAGCCGAGCGUCGCAAGCAAGAGGCCGAGGCCACGGCGGCCAAGCAGAAGCACGACGAGGCGGAGCAGGCCAAGGCGCGCGCCAUGGGCGGAACCGGCGACGACAUCCGCAAAGCCGCGCUGGCAGAGUACGACGAAUGGAUGGCCAAGAUCCGCCACAUCAAGACGAGCGUGCUGCCGAGCAUCGCGUCGAAUCCGGAGCUGCGCAAGCAGUGCUUUGCCGCCAAGCGCCAGAUCACGCCCAAGAUCGGUCAGCUCACCAACUCGCGCGCCGAGAUCGUGCGCAUCACCCAGGCCAUCGCUAGCGUGCUUGACGCAGCCAAGCAAGCGACCGCGUCCGGAGGCGGCGAUGUCUACACCUGGAUCCUCAACCACCUCUCCAAGUGUCUCAUCCGACAGGCGGAGCAGGAAGUCGCCGCCAAGCAGGAUACCGCCUACCCGCUAGCUCGCGUUGCGAUCUGGCUUGUGCUGCUCGGCCAUGUGGAGUUGGCAGACGUGCUUAUGGCGAGGCUGUGCAAAAAGUGUCCCUGGGUCGUUCCGGUUUGGCCUGCACGCACCAAGGAAAUGGACGAAGCAGCCUACCGCAAAGUCAUGGGCUACAAGUCGGACGAGACCACCGAAAACUACUCGAACCGCAUGAACGGCAUCGCCGCCUUCUACUUUGGCAUGCUCCAGACCGUGCCCACGCCACCACCGGGCAAAUCGAGCAUCACACUCGAACGCAUCCCACUGCAUUUGCGAUCCACGUCGCUUUGGCGCUGGAGCGUGCGUGCUCUCACGCCCUCCACCGCCGCGCCCGUGGCGUUUCUCGACCACCCAAUGUGCCCUUCGAUCUGGUCGGUGUUUAUCGAGAUCGCCGGAACGUAUGCGCUCAAGCUGUACGGCAAGCAGAUGCGCAAACUCUUGGCGCUCCUGCUUUCCCAGGGCUUGCAGGAAGAGAAAGCAGGCUGGCUCAAACACGCCACCGACAAGCCGUAUGUCAAGGCAGCCACGGUUCGUCUCGAACUGCUGCUGACCGAUUGGCAGGCUUCGCCCGGGCAGGCUGUCGUUCAGAACGCCACCAAGGGCGUCGAGAUGGACCCGUGA